CGCGGCCAUGGCGGGCUUCGUGCGGGAGCUGGAGCGGCGGGCCGGGCCGGCGCUGCGGCUGGAGCAGCGGGCGGCGGGCGGUGUGGGCUGUGUGGUGUGGGACGCUGCAUUGGUGCUCGCCAAGUUCCUGGAGACCGGCGCCUGUCCCCUCGCCCGCCGCCACGUCCUGGAGCUGGGCGCGGGCACCGGCGCCGUCGGCAUCAUGGCAGCCACGCUGGGGGCGAACGUGACGGUCACAGACCUGGAGGAGCUGCAGGAGCUGUUAAUGAUCAAUAUUGAAAAUAACAAGCACCUGGUCACAGGGUCCCUCCGAGCCAAGGUACUGAAAUGGGGUGAAGAUGUAACAGAAUUUCAGCCUCCUCCUGAUUAUAUACUCAUGGCUGAUUGCAUUUACUAUGAGGAGUCCUUGGAGCCCUUGCUGAAGACCCUGAGGGAGCUGACGGGCCCUGACACUUGUGUGCUGUGCUGCUAUGAACAGAGGACUGUGGGGAAGAACCCUGAAAUUGAGAGGAAAUACUUUGAACUGCUGCAGAGGGACUUUGAGCUGGAGAGGAUUCCCCUGGAGAGGCACGACGAGGAGUUCCGCAGCGAGGACAUCCACAUCGUGAGCAUCCACAGGAAGCACAGGAAUUCCCCGUCGUGAGAUCUUUGAGCGCAGGAUGUGUCCCCUGGCAGAGCUGUGGAGCAGCGGGGCUGGGAUCGCAGCACGGAGGGACUGUCUGCGGUGUGCUUGUGACUCAUCUGCGCCGAGCAGCUUCUGGCUGGCCCGCUCGGCGUCUGACAGCGCCUUCCGGCCGGACAGCUGCGGGCUGCCCGUGCCUGCGGCCCGGGGAGGCGGGGAAUGGGGCCGGGGGAGCGGCCCGGGGGCUGUGCCGGUGCCUCUGCUGCGGGAGCGGCCCGGGCAGUGCCGGGGCUGUGCCGGUGCCUCUGCUGCGGGAGCGGCGCUACCGAGCCCCUCCCAGGGCGCCACGCUGGAACCGCCCAGAGGGGAAAAUGGGAGCGGCUGGAACGGCCGGGUCAA